UAUUUUGUUUAUUUUGUAAUCUGUCAAAACAAAUUUUUUUUUCACUAAUUUACAAAAUUUAAUAUUUUUUGUUUUAACAAUUAUAAUAGAUUUAAUAACGUGGAUUACCUCGUCGAGUCGUUAAGAAUUACAAAACUGGUUUAAGAAUCGGAAAAUAUGAACUUAAUAUUUAACGAAACGGGAAAGUAAAAGAAACACACGCUACGAGUUAUCAGCAGAGGAUAAAGUAUUUUAUUAUAGCAUUUAGUUGAAAAAAUCGACCUUAUUGAACCUCCUCUUUUGAAGACUUUUUAAAACAUUGGGUCGUAAAUUAAUAUCAUUAAUUUAAUGAAGACCCAUCAGAAUGUGCAAAACAAAAAUUUUCAAUUUCUGGAUUCAUUUCAAAUAUGUAAAAGCAAUAUGAAAUAUUUUCCUGAAGAAGUUAAUAUACCUUGUGACUGUGAAGAUACUUAUUUGUAUUAUAGUUACCAUGACUCUUGUUAUGAUGCUUAUAGACAAGGUCCCUGUCCUGCAGGCAAUUAUUUUGUAUUACCUGAAGGAGAGAUGGAGGCAAAAUGUGAAAAAAAUCCCUGCAAUGUAGAUGGCCUUGUUCCUUUUAAUGGAAAAUGUCACUUUCUCUGGAAAUCUGGAAGUCCCUGCAAAGAUGAGAAUACUUACUUAGGGAUCAACAAACAAUUUCAAAUUGAAUGCAAUAAUUCUCAAUAUUUGGGAAGCAUGGAUAGCUUGAAAUCGUCAAAAUCUUGUCCAGAGAAUACAUAUCUUUCUCCAACAAAUGAAAAUAACAUGAAUUACAGUUGUAAAUGUAAAGAAACUUUCUUAUUUUCCAAAGAAAAUGUAUCCUGUUAUAAGGCUUACAGACAGGGUCCUUGUUCUGAAGGAAAUUAUUUUGUUCUUCCUCUAGAACAAAGUGAACCAAAAUGUGAGAAAAAUCCUUGCCACGAGGAUGGACUGGUCCCUUUCAAUGGAAGCUGUCAUCAUGUAUACAAAACUGGAACUCCUUGCUCUGAUGAUUUUCACGAAUUAUCAGUCACUAUCAAUGAUUUUCAACUAACAUGUACUAGCACUACCAAAGAGUCAAAACAAAAUCAAAACAUUACAAGUAUCUGGCUACCACAAAGCUUUUUUACACUAGAUUUACAACAACCAAGAAUUAUAAACCCGCCAACUAAAGCGUGUCCUCCUGGCACUCGAAGAUACUUUUACGCAUGUAGACGUACUUUUGAUUAAAAGCACAUUUAAAAACAUAUUUUAGAUCUGAACCAAUGAUUGUCACUUGGCCAAAAUAUAAUAAAGUACUACUAUAAACUGAAGCUUUUAAAUUAUCUAAUAAUGAUAUAAUGACACAAAUUUCCAGUCGUUGGAACUCACCAGUUUCCAGUGGUUGGCACCCCAUACAUAUCCUUUAAAUUUCUUAUGUUUCAAACAAGUAAAUUAAAAAAUUUUGUAUUUUCUGAUUAAUCAAGAAUAAUUAAUUAUAAUUUUCAGUAAUAAACAAAUACAAGAAAAUAUACUUAUAUAUAAUUGAAUAAUAAGUAUAUAUAAUUUUUCAAAUAGACUGAAAUUAUUGACUAGACGUAAACAUUGUUACAUAACCUCACUUUUCAUUGCGAAAUGAGAGGGCCAUCCAUUCAAAAAAAAUAAAUCAAUAUAAUGUUAUCACUUUCUAUUUCAUAGGAAUACACUUGACUCUUGGGGGGGGCCAAACACCCAUGCCCCCUCCUGGAUCCGCCACUGCAACGACUGGAGAGUUUGGUUAAAAAUUGCUUGUCCAGUCUUUGACAUGUGUGUGUAAACGACUGGAACAGUUGCUUUUUUAAAUAUUUUUAUUGGCACCCCAUUGAAAUAAAUGAAUUAAUAAUUUUUAAGAAAAGACGUGUUAAACUAUCAAUAUUUAAAUAUUCUACUAGCAUAGGGUAACUGCACCAAUUGC